CAAGCACACACUAAACAGGACUGUACUACACUGUAAACUUCACACUCCGUCACCAGUCCCGGGGGAUCCGGAGCUGAUAUAGACACGGUGCAGCAUCAGGAUGUUCUCCUCGGUGAAGCCGUUUGAGGGGCAGCAGUUUGCAUCUUUGAAGAAAGAGUGCCAGCAAAACAGGAGGCUGUUUGAGGAUCCACUGUUUCCCCCUGAGGAUCGCUCGCUUUUCUACCAGGGCAACCAAAUUGGCAAAGUUACCUGGAAGAGACCCAAGGAACUGUGUGAAGACCCACAUCUCUUUGUAAAUGGAAUUAGUGCCCACGACCUGCACCAGGGACAGCUGGGAAACUGCUGGUUUGUUGCAGCCAGUUCCAGUCUCGCCUCCAGAGAGUCUCUGUGGCAAAAAGUGAUUCCAAACUGGAAGGAGCAGGAAUGGGAUAAAGACAAACCAGAGUCGUACGCCGGCAUCUUCCACUUUCGCUUCUGGCGUUUUGGAGAUUGGAUGGACGUGGUCAUUGAUGAUCGGCUGCCCACGGCCAACGGCAAACUGAUUUACUGCCAUUCAAAUGACAGUAAUGAGUUUUGGAGUGCACUUGUGGAAAAAGCCUAUGCCAAACUGUAUGGCUGUUAUGAGGUGCUAGAUGGAGGCAACACAGCUGAUGCUCUGGUGGAUUUUACUGGCGGCGUCUCUGAGCCCAUCGACCUACUGGAGGGCCGUUUCGGUCAGGAAGAGGAAGCGCGAAACCAGCUGUUUGAACGUGUCCUUAAAGUCCACAACAGAGGAGGACUCAUCAGCUGCUCUAUCAGAGCGACCUCUCAAGCCGACAUGGAGGCACGGCUGGACUGCGGUUUAGUAAAAGGUCAUGCUUACGCAGUGACAGAUGUGCACCGGAUUCGUCUGGGUCAUGGUCUGCUCGCCUACUUCAAAUCCGAGAAACUGACCAUGAUCCGCAUGAGGAACCCAUGGGGAGAGAGAGAGUGGAACGGGGCCUGGAGUGACAGUUCAGAGGAAUGGCAGAGGGUCAGUAAGGGUGAGAGAGAGAAUCUGGGAGUCACAGUACAGGACGAUGGAGAAUUUUGGAUGACGUUUGAAGACUUCAGUAAGUACUUUACAGAUCUGAUCCUGUGUCGUCUCAUUAACACGUCAUACAUAAGCAUCCAUAAAACCUGGGAGGAGGCGGUGAUAUUCGGAGCCUGGUCUCACAAUGAAGAUCCACUGAGGAACCGCUCAGGAGGCUGUAUCAACCACAAGACUACCUACCUUCAAAACCCACAGUAUGUGUUUGAUGUGAAGAAACCAGAAGACGAGGUUUUGAUCUGCCUGCAGCAGAAAGAUAAAAGAUCUCAGCAGGGGAAAAAAGAGAACCUGGCAAUCGGGUUUGAUAUACAAAGGGUGGAGCUGAACAGGACGUAUCGCAUGCAUAAGUCCCAGCAGAAGUUGUUCAGCUCCGUCUACAUCAACUCUCGCAGUGUGUUCUUGCGCAAGGAUCUCAAAGAGGGACGAUAUGUCAUCAUCCCCACCACCUUCGACCCCGGACUACAAGCGGACUUCCUGCUGAGAGUCUUCACAGACGUUCCUUCAGACUGCAAGGAAUUGACUGUGGACGAGCCCCCACAGACGUGUUGGACGGGGUUGUGUGGGUAUCCUCAGCUGGUCACACAGGUCUAUGUGAGGAGCGGAGUAGGACUGGAGGGUCAAGACUCGGAUGGAUCGUCUGAUCCGUACCUCAUUGUGAGCUGUGAAGGGCAGAAAGUUCGUUCCCCUGUUCACAAUAACACUCUGAGUCCUGAGUUUGAUGUGAAGGCUCUCUUUUACAGGAAGAAACCCAAAGAACCCAUCUAUAUUCAGGUCUAUAACAAGAAUGUCCUGAAAGAUUCGUUCCUUGGUCAGGUGACUCUGAACGGUGAUGUUUCAGACCUGCAGCAGGAUCACACACUUCAUCUGCGGGGAAAAGGAAACCGGCAGAACAGUGACCUACCAGGCAUGCUCAGUGUGAGUGUCAUCACCAGCAACGUCCUCACCAACAUCUGAGAGUAUAUGGGUGAAGCGAAGAUCAUUUUCCCUUCGCAUGACUACAAUGCUGUAGUUUUGUCUGUUGGUGAACCUGUGGUAAAGCACUUUCUUCUGUUAGUGUUGUUUACAUAUUCUAUACCUCUCUGAUGAGCCUUCUGUCAGUCAGGCUUUACAUUUCCUAAAUAUUAAGGGACUCAAUGAGCUGUGUUUACAAAAUCUCAUGGGCCAAAAUCAUUACAUUAUAUUGCCAUUUUUAUCUAUAUCAUUUUACCACAGGAGUUUCAUGCACACCUGCCUGUAUGAAUGUUUGGAAUUGUAUGCACUUAACAUGUCAAAUAUUAGUUGUCAGUCAGAAAUCUAACGUCGCUAGUAAUUAAAUGUGUUUACACAGCAUGGUUACUCAAGAACCACUUACAUAACAAUCAGUAUUGGUGGGCAUUUGUUGUAGACUGCUUUAGAUCAGGGUUUACAGUGCUAGUUGUGAAGGUCUGCUGACCUGCAAAGUUUCUAGCUUACUUUGCUCCCAAACACACUUGAUCCAACUAAAGAAGGACUUACAAAAUGCUUGGGUCUAUUACACUUGUUUACUGUAUGAUGUUUCUCUUAAUAUGUUUAAGCUUUGUGUAAGAAUCCUUCACUGACCGGUAAAAAAAGCAGUUGUGGCUUUGGAGGAUGAAGCAUGUUGGGGUCCUUUCUCAACCAACCUGGGUGUGGUGUAUGCGGCAAAAGAAUUGAAAGCGGGGAAUUGGAAAUGGAAAUUUGUUUGUAUUUUAACGUCAUGUUUUACACUCUUUGGUUACAUUCAUGACUGGAAUGGUAGUUACUUGUUACACAAGAUUCAUCAAUUCACAAAGUUAUAUUGAACACAGUCAUGGACAAUUUUGUAUCUCCAAUUAACCUGACUGCAUGUCUUUGCACUGUGGGAGGAAACUGGAGCUCCCGGAGGAAACCCACGCAGAUACGGGGAGAACAUGCAAACUCCACACAGAAAGGACCUGGACCAUCCCACCUGGGGAUCGAACCCAGGACCUUCUUGCUGUGAAGCGACAGUGCUACCCACUUAGCCACCGUGCCACCCGACCACAUUGGGAAAGAAAAAAAAAGGAGGUAACUGCAAAGAAGUUGGGGACUACAUGGCAACAUGGAUCCUUUUGGCAUGUUCCUUAAGAGUCUGUGAGUUUCCCCCAGGCACCCCACCUUCCUUCCCCCUCCAAAGAACACAAGUUUAGGUUCGGUGCUUUAAAUUCUCCCUGAGUAAGUGAAAAUUAAGUAUUGGGGCCAUGUCCAGUAUGUAUUCCUGACUUGUGCCUUGUUUUCAGAUGGCACCAGACCCACUGUGACUGGCUGUAAACAUGAAUAAAUACAGUUGUAAUUUGCUUUAUUGUAGUGCUGUAUUUAGAUAGCUAGCUAGCUAGCUUCGUUAGCAUUGCUAAACCGCGUUAUUGUGUAAUUACAGACACUGUGCUGAAACGAAGCAGUAAAAAGAAAGUGAUGAUUAAUUAUUAAAUUUGUGUCUGGAUAAUCUAAUUUAACUUUUUGACCCAGGAAAACCGGUCACUUAACAAGUACAGGACGUGACUUUUAGGUACGAAUGACUUAAUGACCAAUGACCAGUUGAUGGCGCUUCAUAAUCAGAAGUGUUUAUGGGGAGCUGUUGAAAAUGUUUACCCUUACUGUUUAAAACUUUAAAGUAAAUCAUUUACUAUGUUUAAUGCAAUAUGUUUAAGUAAUUCCUUUAUGUUUAAUGCAUUUCUUGCUCUUUUACAUGCAGUCUAGUAGUAGUAAAACCUACAUUCCCUUCCACCGUACAAGCACGUUCAAUAUCUGCAUAAUCUAUUAUAUGUACAGUAUGUGUGUAUACAACACAUGGCCAAAUGUAUGUGGAACCCCUUCUAAUGAUUACAUUCAAGUGUUUUAGCCACAAUUAUUACUAACAGGUGCAUUGAAUCAGCUUUAUGGAAAAAGAUAUGCUUCUAGCUGUGUGGUAACAGUUUGGGGAAGGCCCCUUUAUCAUCUAGCAUGACUGUACCCCUGUGCCUUCUCGUCCAACACCAGUGCCUGACUUCACAAAUGUUUUUCUUUUUCCACUAAAUGAACCCAAGUUUACACAGACUCUUGUGGAAAACCUUUCCAGAAGACUUGAAGUUGUUGUGGCCAAAAAAGAGGUUAACUUUAUUAAUUCACAUUUGGUUUUGGAAUGGGACAUUUACUGUGUGUUUGUACGUAUAUAGUGGGAUGAUUAUUACAGUAUAAAGAUUUUUUUCCAGAACAUGGAACAGUAUAAACAUCAAGAUUGUGGUUUGUGCAUGCUAUCUUGAAAUCCUUGAAAAAGUGCCAUGUUGUUCUGCUAAUCACCAAAGACAUUUCUGGAUGGUUUGCCUGUCUGCACUUUUACCCUUAAGUCAAUCAUGUAUGAUGCAUCCAGUGCCAAUUUUAUACUUUGUGUAUGUGUAUUCACAUCUGAAAUAAAGAGAAAUCAAGUAA